AUGGCUCGUGUCAAAGUAGCACCAAAGAAGGCGUAUGAAGAGCCUCGUAUCGACUCAGGCGCAGCGCUCUCAGACCCUGCCGUACCCUCCGAUGGACCCGCGCCGAAUGGCACUCUCGUAAUGCCCAUCCUCCUAAAGACGGAUUGGGACCUCGGUACUCCCAAGGCUCGCCUCCGUAGAAAUGAUCUCCAGCUGCGCCAACCGAAGGGCUUUCCCAUUAAACCACUCAAGAUCACACUCGACCGCGCUCGCAAAGAGGCAGCAAUGAAGGCUCUAGCUAAGAAUUGUGUCGAUUCAGACUUUGAAGCCUACGAGGAGUUUGAAAAGGUUGGCGAGGUCAAGAAAGAAAUCGAGGUUGAAGGGAAAGAUGAUGAUGAGGAAGCGGAAGAUACAGCAGAUGAAGAAUUAGAGGGUUCCGUGUACGACAGUGCGGACGGCAGCGCGAAUGACAGCGACGAUUCCUACGAGCUUCCAGCUACCAGAGUUGUCACCGAGAAGUCUGCUGCGCUUGUCGACAGUCGCGGACGGACUCGAGCAGCUACAAAUCGACGCAAGGCUCAAGAGGUAUCUGAUGCCACCUUUCAGACGAGCGUCUAA